CGCGCACUAUAACGACGAUCAAGGUAAUACCCUCCCUAUCAUCUUACUGCGACCACGUGGAGCUGAUGCUGACAGCCCCCAUGUUCGAACAGAUGUCAGACUCAUCAGAUGAUGAGAAUGUUGUGCUGCGCAGCCACACGUGCCACCUGUGUACUGCUUGCUCCCACUUCCGCCAUUAAACUGACUGCGCCGGUCAAUUCCAGCAGGAACGUUCUGGUUUUUAAUGUGCACUAUUUUCCAUCGCAUAAGGAGAGCGUGCGAUGCGCGCAGAAUCCACUUUUAAUGAACUGGCGAUCCCAAUCAUCACGGAAGCCAACUGAUGCUGAUGCAGCCACCUGUGCACUACUCGCUUCUAAUUCUGUAGCUUGCCAAAGCUCAUCAAAUAAUGGUGAACGCUCUGAUUCUUAUGUACCGCUAACGUCCAUCCAACAGAGCGGAACAAAGGACUGGGUUACGCGCGCGCCGAAAAAAAGUUUCUCAAAUAGAGUUUUUCAAACAUAAUCAAACCCAACUAUUGAUGCACUCAUACACAGCGAAAAAUCCAUCUUUAGCACCCGCGCAGCGUGAUAUCAGGUUUUGCAGAUAAGGUUUGAGAAUUGCUGUGCGUCUGGAUUUUAGAGCGACGGGA